GGGCUGCUGAUCCGCGAGCUCACGGUGCCGGCCUGGGUGCCGCAGCACCAGCCCGCCGUGCUGACCUGCCGGUACGACGCGGAGGGCCAGCCCAUCUACUCGGUCAAGUGGUACCGCGCCAAGCAGGAGUUCUACCGCUACCUCAAGGACGAGUCGCCCAACAUCCGCACCUUCCCCAUGGACGGCGUGCAUGUUGACGUGGCGCACAGCAAUGACACCAGCCUGCGGCUCACAGGCGUGACGCUGGCGACGGCCGGCGAGUACACGUGCGAGGUGAGCGUUGACGCGCCCACCUUCCUGACGGCCCAGGCCAACGCCCGCCUCAGCGUCGCAAUCCUGCCCAAAAAGGGACCCCACAUCUCCGGCCUGGAGGAGGCGUACGCCCCGGGGCAGACCAUCACCGCCAACUGCACGGUGGGCGCCGCGGUCCCAAGAGCCACCUUGCGCUGGUUCCUCAACGGGGCAGAGGUCGACCACCAGCACGUGCAGACCGCGCCAGGGUCACCGUCAGUGGCGCCGUCACCGACCUGGGCCGUCCUGCGUCUUCCCGUCGCGGCCGCAGUCUUCAACAAGGACAGGAAUGCCGAGCUGAGGUGCUCGUCGACGAUCGGCGGCCUCCAGUACGAGAGCGCGUCCUUCACGGCCAUGCUGCGGGACCUGCGGCCCCCGGGCAACCAGCGGCUCGCCCAGUACAGCGGCGCCGGCCACCCCGCGGCCACCCCCUUCGUCGCCGUCCUGGGGGCUACCCUCGCCCUCGGGCUUCUGCGGUUUCUCGACUAGACGCUCCAUUUGCGUGUGCGUCCACGGUUCUACAGACAUUCAGUACUUAAAUACAAACCCAUGUCCCUCCUCCACUCUGGCGGCCCUCGGUGAGAAAUUCAUACCUAAACUAUAUCGUUUCGGCUUCGAGUCCACAAGUUGACCUUGGUUCGAUGUCGUUUCGCCGACGUAUUCGGUCCGAAAGUGAGCUCUCCCCACCACUUCUCUUCUCCACCUGUCCCCGCCCCGCACGUCCCCCUCGCCUAGGCGAAAAUUUUCCUCUAGUCUCUGGACUAAAACAUGCGGGGACGGGUGUGGAAAGUGGUGCGGAGAGCAAUGGACGCAAUGUCGAUUCAUUUGCCAUUUCUCACUAACCCAGCUCUGCUCCCACUUGAGUUGGGUAGCUUAUUCUGCAGAGAGCAUCUGAAAAAGCGUUACAGGUGGCUGAGUGACAAAUGAACUAAAGUGCGAGCUCCUGUGACUCAUAUGGUACUCUACCAGCUACCAGGUUUUAAGUAGUCUUCAAAAUUGUACAUUAAAUGAACAUAUAAUUUCGUACGCUCUGGUAAAGUGCCCCACUUGCAUGUGGUCUUAAUGGUUGAUGUAUGUAUAUAUUC